UACCUGCCCCGCCGGUCCCGGAUGAGGAGGCUGUGUCCCGGAUAGGUCAGAUAUAUACCUGCAGUCCCGUAACCCACAGGUGGCAUGACCCUGACAUCCAUGCAUUUUCAGAACCAGUAGGGGGAGAUUCUCACGUGGGAAUGUCAGACUCAGAGAUCCAGAGGUUAGAAUCACCAGUUCAAUAAGCAAUGGGCAAAGUGUUUCAUCCAGACCUGUGUCCUGGUCAUCAUUGCUGUGUUGACGGUGGGCCUAAGGUCUAUAUAUCCCUCUGAUUUGAAGCCAAGGACAAGCACCCACAAGGCAGCUAGUAGAUACUGACUCUGGACUUUGCACCUUGACCUUUCUCAACUUCCCUGGUGCCACCAACCUCACCCCUCCUCCCAUGAACGUGGGUGGCGAUGGACCCAUCUUGAGCAGAACUGCUGUGAUAUUCCAGGAAUUAGUAACCUUUGAGGAUGUGUCCGUGGACUUCUCCCAGGAGGAAUGGGAGUUGCUGGAGCCUGCUCAGAAGAACCUGUACAGAAAGGUGAUGCUGGAGAACUAUAGGAACGUGGUCUCCCUGGAGGCCUUGAAGAACCAAUGUACUGAUGCGGGGAUUAAGAACGGUUCACUUUCCCCAGCUCGAACCCCACAAGUCACAAGUCUUUCCUCAUGGAUGGGGUAUUUACUUCUUCAACCAGCGGCUUCUUCCCACUUGGAGCAAAGAGAAGCCCUGUGGAUGGAGGAGAAAGGAGCUCCUCAAGCCUCCUGUUCAGAUUGCAUGACUGUACUAAGAAACCAAGACUCAACGUACAAGAAGGUGGCUUUGCAGGAGGAGCCAGCCAGUGGUUUAAAGAUGAUAAAGCUUAUCAGAGAAGAUGGGCGAUGGAAGCAAUUCGAGGAGAGGCAUGAAGACCCCCAGGGACUUUUGAGCCAGAAGGCAUCCCUCCACGUAGUGGCCAUUCCUCAGGAGAAGGCUACUGCAUGGCACGGAUUUGGGGAAAAUGGUCAUCUGAGCCCAGCCCUUGUUUUAUCACAGGGAAGCUCUAGAGGGAAUCACUUGUGUGGCAGUGAGCUAGAUAUUACAAGCUUGGCAUCCGAUUCAAUCUUAAACCACCAUCAGAUGGGAUAUGCUGAUCGGAGACCCUGUGAAAGUAAUGAAUGCGGAAAUGCCAUCAGCCAGAACAGUCACUUGAUUCAACACGGGGGGAAAAUGCUUGUGUAUUUGGAAAAUGGGCAGUCAUUGAACCACGGUAUGGCCCUGACCGUCCACAACAAAAUCAACACGGCAGAGAAACCCUUUGCGUGCCAGCAGUGCGGGAAGGUGUUCAACCGGAGGCAUUCUUUGAGCGAACAUCGAAGAAUUCACACGGGAGAGAAACCCUACGAGUGUCAGGAGUGUGGGCGAGCCUUCACGCACAGCUCCACCCUCACGCGCCAUCUGAGAACUCAUACUGGAGAGAAGCCCUACGCGUGCAGCGAGUGCGGGAAAGCCUUCAACAGGAUCUCAUCUUUGACUCAGCAUCAAAGGAUUCACACUGGGGAAAAGCCCUAUAAAUGUGAAGACUGUGGGAAAUCCUUCUGCCAGAGUUCCUACCUGAUCUUGCACAGGAGGACACACACCGGAGAGAAGCCAUACGAAUGCAGUGAAUGUGGAAAGGCCUUUAGCGACCGCUCCUCUCUCAACCAGCAUGAGCGAACUCACACGGGCGAGAACCCCUAUGAAUGUAAGCAGUGUGGGAGAGCCUUCAGCCAGAGGUCUUCCCUUGUGAGGCACGAGAGAACUCACACUGGAGAGAAACCCUACAGGUGUCAGGAAUGUGGGAAAGCCUUCAGCCAGAGUUCGUCCCUUGUCACACAUCAGAAAACUCACAGCAGCCAGAAAACCUACAAAAUCAUUGACUGUGGGAAAGCGUUCUACCAGAACAGACAUCUUAUUGGAUGUUAGCAAUUGCAUGCUGCUUUGUAAACUCCUUUUUAGUACUCUGACACAUACAUGUGGUUAUACUUUGCCCUGGUGGGAUGGAUAAUUUGAAAAGCAGUGGGUUUAUGUCACCUUCUCACCUUCUUGGAAGAAAGCUCUGAGAAUGGGCCUUUUUGUGUUCUGUUGUGGCGUUUUUGAGAUGGGGUCUGCCACCCAGGCUGGAGUGCAGUGGCAUGAUCAUACUUCACUGUAGCUUCAACUUUCUGGGCUCAAGUAAUCCUCCCACCCCAGCCUUCCAAGUAGCUAGGACUACAGGCAUGCAACACCAUGCCCAGCAAAUUUUUAAAUUUAUUAUGGAAUUGGAGCCCUGCUACAUUACCAAGACUGGUCUUUAAUUCCCGGGGUCAAGCACUCCUCCUGUCUUGGCCUCCCAAAGUGCUGGGAUUAGAAGCAUGAGCCACUGUACCCAGCCUGACGGGGCCUUUUAAUAGGAGGAGUUGCCAUUGCAAUAUGCCAGUGAGCUCCAGACUUUCGGAAAAGAUUGGUGGAUGGGAGUGCUAUCGUGGAUGGGAUCUUGCCAAGACCCAUUACAUGUUUAGUUGCUUAAACAAAAGGUAUUCUGUUUCUU